AUGCAGGUCCCUAGUCCCAGCAUGCGCGAGGCGGCCUCCAUGUAUGGCACGGCGGUGGCUGUCUUCCUGGUCAUCCUGGUGGCCGCACUGCAGAGCUCAGCACCCCCCGAGAGUCCCUUCCCCUACCGAAUAUCCCUGGACCCCGAGGGGUCCCUGGAGCUCUCCUGGAAUGUCAGCUACACGCAGGAGACCAUCUACUUCCAGCUCCUGGUGCAGGAGCUCAAGGCCGGGGUCCUGUUUGGGAUGUCGGACCGCGGGGAACUGGAGAACGCUGACCUGGUCGUGCUCUGGACCGAUGGGGACAACGCCUAUUUUGGGGAUGCCUGGAGCGACCAGUGGGGACAGAUCCACCUGGAUUCCCAGCAGGAUUACCAGCUGCUGCAGGUGCAGAGGACACCAGAAGGCCUGUGUCUCCUCUUCAAGAGGCCCUUUGGCACCUGUGACCCCAAGGAUUACCUCAUUGAGGAUGGCACCGUCCACCUGGUGUAUGGGAUCUUGGAGGAGCCUUUCGGGUCGCUGGAGGCCAUCAACACGUCGGGGCUGCAGACUGGGCUGCAGAGGGUGCAGCUGCUAAAGCCCAACAUCUCCGUCCCGGCCUUGCCCUCGGACAUGCACUCCAUGGAGAUCCACACGCCGGACAUCCUGAUCCCCGGCCAGAAGACCACGUACUGGUGCCACAUCACCGAGCUUCCAGAUGGCUUCUCCCGGCACCACAUCGUCAUGUACGAGCCCAUUGUCACCAAGGGCAACGAAGCCCUGGUCCACCACAUGGAGGUCUUCCAGUGCACCGCCCAGUUCGAGAGCUUCCCUCAGUUCAGCGGGCCCUGCGACUCCAAGAUGAAGCCUGACCAUCUCAAUUACUGCCGCCACGUGCUAGCCGCCUGGGCGCUGGGUGCUAAGGCCUUUUACUACCCGGAGGAAGCAGGCCUUGCCUUUGGGGGCCCCGGGUCCUCCAGAUAUCUCCGUCUGGAAGUUCAUUACCACAACCCGCUAAAGAUCCAAGGCCGGCGCGACUCCUCGGGCAUCCGCCUGUACUACACUGCCACGCUCCGGCGCUUUGACGCGGGGAUCAUGGAGCUGGGGCUGGUGUACACGCCCGUGAUGGCCAUCCCCCCGCAGGAGACGGCCUUCGUCCUUACCGGCUACUGCACGGACAAGUGCACCCAGCUGGCCCUGCCUCCCUCAGGGAUCCACAUCUUCGCCUCUCAGCUCCACACACACCUGACUGGGAGAAAGGUGGUCACCGUGCUGGCCCGGGACGGCCGAGAGAGGGAGGUUGUGAACCGGGAUGACCACUACAGCCCUCACUUCCAGGAGAUCCGCAUGUUGAAGAAGAUCGUGUCUGUGCAGCCGGGGGACGUGCUCAUCACUUCCUGUACCUACAACACCGGAGACAGGAAGCUGGCCACUGUGGGGGGCUUCGGGAUCCUGGAGGAGAUGUGCGUCAACUACGUGCACUACUACCCCCAGACGCAGCUGGAGCUCUGCAAGAGCGCCGUGGACCCUGGCUUCCUGCAGAAGUAUUUCCACCUGGUGAACAGGUUCAAUGAGGAGGAAGUGUGCACCUGCCCUCAGGCCUCUGUCCCCAAGCAGUUUGCUUCGGUUCCCUGGAACUCCUUCAGUCGAGACGUGCUCAGGGCCCUGUAUGGCUUUGCUCCCAUCUCCAUGCACUGCAACAAGUCCUCGGCCGUCCGCUUCCAGGGUGAAUGGAAUCGGCAGCCCCUGCCCAAGAUCAUCUCCAAGCUAGAAGAGCCCACCCCCCGGUGUCCAGCCAGCCGGGUUCAGAGCCCCACCAGCCCCACUGUGGUCAGCAUUGGUGGGAGCAAAAGUUGAGUGGAGGGCUGUCUCUCACUCCCCCAUCCAUGCUGUGGCUGUGGGCUCACACCAGCUCUGUGCACCCCCAUUCUAUUAAGACCCCUGUUGGAACAGCUCUGCGUGCCCAGGAUGAAUGGGCUGGGCCGAACCCCUGCCUGAGACCACGGCCCAUUCUAGCGUUCGCCCCUCAAGGACCCCCUGCAUGACUGAGAGGGUCCCGUGAGAGUUCCCUGUUGACCCACCCGAGACUGGGGCGACCAACGCCCUCCCCACACCCACCUUGGGGUUCUAGUGUCCGGUGCACCCUCCCACCCCUCCCACCCCCGGAAGUCCUGACUGUGAUACUAGGAUGGGAGCCAUGCCUGGCCGUGGGGCAGACCCCCCACCCCGGCCCCCGCGUCCCCAGACCCUUGUCGAUGGCGAUCUGUG